AUGUUGUCGAGGGCGGCUCGUCCGGCUCUUCGUGCUGCGGUCACAGCUCCUGCGCGAGCUACGGCUGCUAGCCCCAAUGGAGCUGCCACCUACGCGACCCUUCGUGAAAUCGAAGGCCGCCUGAAGUCUAUUCGCAACAUCCAGAAGAUUACCAGCACAAUGAAGAUCGUUGCGUCAACCAAGCUCACCCGUGCUCAGCGUGCCAUGACCGAGUCUCGCAAGUAUGGUGAGACUGCCAACGAGGUCUUCGAAGCCGCCGAGACGGUUGCUCCCGAAUCUGAGCAGAAGAAGUCCCUCAUCAUCGUCUGCUCUUCCGACAAGGGUCUUUGCGGUGGUGUUCACUCUGGCCUCAGUCGACGCAUUCGUGCCCUCGCCAAUGAGGUCACUGAGCCUUUUGACCUCGUCAUCAUUGGUGAGAAGUGCAAGGCUCAACUCCAGCGAACCAACGCCGAAAGCAUCCAGCUUUCCUUCGCUGGUGUUGGCAAGGACAUUCCCACUUUUGCCGAUGCCCAGGCUAUCGUCGACCAGAUCGUCAUGCUUCCCACUGAGUACACCGAUGUCAAGAUUCUGUACAACAAGUUCAUCAACGCCCAGAGCCACGAACCCACCUUCGUUGAGGCAUUUUCCGAGGAGGCUAUUUCCCAGUCCCCCAACAUCUCCGCCUUUGAGGUUGAUGAGGAGGCUCUUGUCAACCUUCGUGAGUACAGUUUCGCCAAUAACCUGUACUGGGCUCUGGCUGAAGGUCACGCUUGCGAGAUCUCUGCUCGACGAAAUGCCAUGGAUAACGCCUCCAAGAACGCUGGUGAGAUGAUUGGAAAGUACCAGAUUCUCUACAACCGUACCCGACAGGCCGUUAUUACUGGAGAGCUGGUCGAAAUUAUUACUGGUGCCACCGCCUCGGAGGACAUGUAA